AAAAGUCACAUUGGGAGGCUUUGGGGGUAGAGAGAGGGAGAAGUAUCUACUUUCAGCUGCUGUCAGAUAUCCGAUCGCCUUCGCAUGGCGAGGUGGUAACCUGAUCGAGCUGGGAGGAGUGACUCGACCAGGGAAGCCUUGAGCAACAAAAAAUGUCUUCUUCUUCUGCUGGAGAAGUCACCACAGCAAAUGCCAUCAAGAGAGAAAAUGUGAAGGAGGUCGACAAGCGGGAGUGCAUCAAGCUUGUGGCGCUGGAGGCGGCUGAGUUGUCCAUGGAGCGAGCGGCACCCAACGCGGACGCGGUGCGCACGGAGCUGCUGGUGAGCGCCGCCUCCUCGCUGGCUUUCUCCCCGGAGCAAGUGGCGUGCGUGUGCGAGGCGCUGCAGCAGGGCGGCAACGUGGACCGCCUCGCCCGGUUCCUCUGGUCCCUGCCCCAGAGUGACCUGCUGCGCGGCAAUGAAAGCAUCCUCAAAGCACAAUCCCUCGUCGCGUUCCACCAGGCUCGCUAUCAGGAGCUUUACAGUAUUCUGGAGAACCACAGUUUCAGCCCGUCGAACCACACCUUCCUGCAGGAUCUGUGGUACAAGGCCCGAUACACCGAGGCAGAGAAGGCGCGGGGGAGACCCCUAGGCGCCGUGGACAAGUACCGGAUUCGGAGAAAGUACCCUCUCCCCAGGACUAUCUGGGAUGGCGAGGAGACAGUGUACUGCUUCAAGGAGAGGUCCCGGAACGCACUGAAGGACCUGUACAAUCAGAACCGGUACCCCUCUCCGGCUGAGAAACGCAAUCUCGCCAAGAUUACUGGACUCUCCUUGACCCAGGUCAGCAACUGGUUCAAGAACAGGAGGCAGAGGGACAGAAACCCCUCCGAGGCUCAGUCCAAAAGUGAAUCUGAUGGCAACCACAGCACAGAGGAUGAGUCCACCAAAGGUCAAGAGGAGUUGUCACCCAGGCCCCUCUCAAACUCCUCAGAUGGCGUGAUCACUCACGGGAGCCUCCCAAUUCAAACGGGGCCUCUGGAAAGUGGGGUAGUCAUCCAGCAAAUUGGGGACAUCAAAAUGGCCCCUGGAUCCAACAGCGGGGGCCUCUACAACGGAAGCCUGGUCACCAAUAGCACCUCCUCGGCUGUGUUUCACAAUGGCGGCUCGUCUUACCUUCACUCACCUGGGAACAUCCUCUUUAACGGGCUCAAUUUGGGCAUCCAACCUAUGGCGUUCAAUUCUCUGAGGCCGUCCGGCGGUGUGUUGCUGGGCGGCUCUGGAAUGGACAUGCAGGAGAAAGGACUGGGAGGCUCUGCGGAGGACUCGACCCUGCAGUACCCCUCUUCCUACUCGGGCUGUGUGAAUGGAGGGCAGGUGAAGCUGGAGGGCGUUAACACUAUGGCCUCCCAGAACGGAGGCUCCUCCGUGCUGACCUUCAGCUCCUCGCUGGGCAGCUACAGCCUGGUGCAGGUACCGAGUGGAGUCUCUGACAGUGACGGAAGCUCGUUGCUUAACAGCGACGUCGGCCUUCCUCCAGUGCAGCUCUCUUCUUCGUCGUCGUCCUCAUCCAUCACACAAGGUACAAUACCGCUGAGCGAUAUUGCAGUCAGCUCCGCCAGUGAUGAUUCGUUGACCAUGACGUCCCUGCACCACAGCACCGUCCUCUACAGUAUGAGCAGCGUCAGCCAGCCGCCCAUCAAGAAGGAGCCUCUGGAGGGAGGCGUCUACUCCUCAUACCACCAUGGGCUCCACCUGGACCCGAGCGGGCAGAUCAACUUCUCUACGCCCGGAUCUGUAGAGGCUCCAUCGACCCAGGUUCCAGUCUCGGCUACUGGAGAAGUCCCUGCCGUCACUGCAUCCAGCCCUGACGUGUACACCACCCUCACCGUCAGCACGCCACUGAUGGCCCAAACGAACCCAAGCAGCCACCACCUGCAGCCUGUCAAGUACCAUGAGGUCCGGGCGGCUCAGCCCUCGCACUUGAUGGGCGCCUGCAUGACCAGUGACUACAUGACUCUGUCGGAAAACAAGACAGAAUGCUCAGGCCCGGCAGGCGUGAGUGAAAUGGUGCGGGCCAUGUGCGGCGACAUGGAACCUGUGGAGGGGAAGGAGUUAGCCAAACUACAGACAGUUCAGAUGGAUCAGGACAUGGCUGACCUUUAACCUUAAAGCAAAAGCACAUGCAAGCAGUGAUAUGAUGACGCUUUUAUUUGUGUGUGUGUGUGCGUGUGUGUGUGUGUGUGUGCAUUUUUUUUUACCAUUAAUUUCUUUUAACUGUUAAAUUAUUUGAAGAUGCACUCUAGUAAGAGAGAUGGCCUGGACAUUUAUGCAAAAAAAUAAUUAUGAACAUGUUGCGUCCACAUGUUGUGAAAGUUGACGCAUGGCAUUGGAGCCGUGUUCAAAAGUGCAGUUUUACAGACAACACCUGCUACUUCCUGUUGAGUGGAUUUGAUUUGCUGAAGCAGGUGCUGGCAUGCCGCAAGUCACGUGACCAGGAUGUUCCUCCAAACUAAAUGCGUCAUCUGGGUCAAACCAAAAAGGUCAGUGGUAAGGGGGAUGAGGGGGAGUGUGUCUGUGGAAGUGGGCCAGUUUUACUGAAGGACUGUAUGCAUGUACAGACAAUAAGUCAUUCAACACACAAAAGCUGCUCAAUUCCGACAAAGUGCCCUUCAGUAAGCACCUUAAAUUGCCUCUCCAGUCUCAAAGAUGAAUGUACCUUUUGGGGAGGGGGGGCAUUUGCACUACCAUCAUGACACUACAGGCUGUAGGGUUUGACGAACCUCGACAAAUGCGCACGUUUCAGUGGCAAAUGCUAUUUUCAAGCCUUGUGUCAACAGCGAGGCCGGGAAUUGAAUCAAAAGGUCACACUGUGGAUUCACAUGUCGCUCAUAUGUUGUUUAUAACGCCGCCGCUGCGUUAAAUAGGCGUGAUGAUGCUACGCUUUAUCGUGUUUCGUUUUAUCGUGCCUCUGCAAAUGCAAACACCUACAGUGAGAACAACAAGGGGCAGAAGUAUUUUUUAAAACAGAGAGGUAUUGCAAUGAUUGUUCUUUGCAUGGCAUCAGAAGGUUGUGGACACUUUUUGUCUUUUACAUAGUGAAUAACACUGAAGCUCUGCUAUCUGAAGGCAAUAACAGCUCAGAUUCAGAGAUUUACCACCACCUCCACCACUGCUGUCACUGGAAUAUCUGUUGGGUGUCAAAUUAGGAAGAGACAAGAGAAUGUGGAGGCCAUUUGUCAAGUAGGUCCUGUACUUUUUUUUUAACCACAGGAGCCUCAUUCUCCCUGUCAUACAUGACCAUAAUAGCACAUUUCAGCCUUGCGGCCAAGACAUAGCAUUCAUAUCUCUGAAUGCAUCACACUUUGUUUUUUCGUUACCCAACUCAUCAGUGCUUUAACAUUAUAUACCAAAUGUUAGUGAUGGGCAAAUGUUUUUUUUUUAUCUUAGUUUGACCUGUAUGUUUGUUAUCUGAAAUUAUGUGAAUGUAUUUUUCUAAAUCUCAG